UGUGCCUUUAACUUCCAUCAUGACAAAAACCGCUCCCACUGUUCUACUCCAGUAGGUGGCGCUGUUGCGUUGAGCUGCUAUUGGCUGCGGCGGCAGACUCAUGACAUGAUAGAGGACAGUCAAAGCAGCUGCUGGACUGACAGUGUCUUCACGAUGGACCCUGCUCGUCCUCCUCGGCUGAACUCCGUCAGAAACAACCACCUGACCGAGGAAGAGGCACAAACAUCUGGAGACAACCCAACAUCUGGAUCUGCUCAGGGACACUCCGCUGGUCCUCAGGCAGGAGACAGACAGCCUCAGUACUCAGGUGCAUUCACCAUGUUCCCUCCUAAUGAAACCAGACGGAGCCAAAUACAAAUGGUGGCUCAAAGAGGAGAAGAGAUGCUUCAGAGGCAGAGAGAGGCUCAAAGAGUUCCAUACGUGCAAGUGACGCCAGAGACGCUCGGUGGCAACGCAACACUGGCUGAAGUCAGACAGAAGCAACAGAUGGAUUUACGUUGCUCCAAAGUGCAGAAGAGGAUGAAACAGAAAGAGUUGGACGAGAGGAAGAGAAAAGAAGAGGAGGAGAAGCAACAGAAGAUGAAAGAAGAGCAGAGGGAGAAGGCCGAGCGCCAGGCGAAGAGGGAGGAGCAGGAGCAGCAGAGGAGGAAGCAGCAGUUGGAGCAGGAUCACCUCAGGAAGAAGGACAGUUUUCUGCAGAGGUUUGAGAGGACAGCCCCAGAUCCACUGUCAUCCAGCGGUGCCACACACACGUCAUCCAGAAUAGAGGCUGCGGAGAGUCGACGGGGGAAAAGUGUGAGAGGCGUGCAGCUGGAUCACAAGAGGGUGAACUGCGCCUUUCUGGACAAACUCCAGGGUCUAGGCGUUGGGAGCGAGGGAGAGACGGAGAGGGAAGGUGUUCAGGAGGCCGAGUGGCCCAGUGCGGCCUCUAACGAUUUAAAACACAAGCCGUCUCCAUCGACCGGACAACAACUCCCCCCCGCUCACCUGAAACCAGAUCCAGAGCAGAGCUGGACACAGGAAGCUGAGCUGGAUCCAGACCAUGACUGGGACCUGAUGAAACUGAUGAACAGAUUUCCAGACUGCAGCCAAGUCUUCCUGCAGGAUAUCCUCCUCCAGUGCAACGGCGACUUUGAGGAGGCCUUAACUCUGCUCACCUGCACGUUCUCUUGAAUUUCACGCUUCUUCAAUGGGACAACAAUAUUGUGUUUGGUGGUUCAGGAGUUGCAGCAAAUAAAAUGUGUAAUCAGCGUUGUGACGUUUCAGAAAAGCUAGAAAUCGGUGAUGGAAGAAAUCAACUGCAUGACAUGUACCUACAGGGGAGCGUCUCGUAAUGUGUUUUUGAUUAUGCUAUUAAUCACCGAGUGGUUGUAUCUGUCUGCUCCGGUGAGUCAUGUUGGGAUGUUGCCCCGACAACGAGCUGAUGAGCGUUUUCACCAGUUUAGUUAAAGGUCAUCGCCAUGACUCAUCAGCUUCAGAUCAUAUUUUGGGCUCUUAAUUAAAUCAGUGUGUGCAGAUGGAAAAAUGCUCGACCCAAACACAUGAUGUCUUUUGUUUGUUUUAUAAUCAAAGUCACAUGUGAUGCAUCUAUAGCAGGAUUUUUUAAGGACAAGGAGAGAUUCAAAUACCAAUAAGAUUAGAGUCCAAGGCUGCACUUCACAACAUUCUCAAACUAAAACGAUCCCCUGUGUCCCUCUUGAUAAGCAAGAGGAUGUGUGUGUCCACGUCAUCGCUUCUGAACAUCUCACUUUCUGCCCGUCCAGACAAAAACGCAGCCACAGAGUGUUUUAAGCUAAAACAGGCCGAGCGCCAUCUCCAUAUUUGUAUCUAGUGUGGACGCCAGACAUAUCCGUAGCAGAGUUCGUGUGUUUCCAAACACAAACAGCGUAGUGAGGACGCAGCUCAAGUCGUAAAAUCCUCAGACGACAUCCAUAAAACACCCUUUUGUGAAUUCCUGCUGUUUCAGUUUGUCCGGUGCGCUGAUAAAAGCCGGGUGGGGUUUCCAGGUGGGUCGGAGCUAAAAUUGGCAGCUUUGUAUCGCGGCUGAGCAGAGAAGCAGCGGAGAUGUUAUCACCUGACCGAGGCAACAAAGAACAAAGGGUGGUGCUCUCGACACGGGGGACCGACAAAAUCCCCUCUUCUACUCUAGCAUGAAGUCAUUCAGGGCUGAUGUCAUCCAGAAAAUGCCUGAACUCGUGUCAGCUCUGCACAUGUGAGGAUUUUAACAACAAAGACUACAAAGAUCUCCCAUAAGUUAAAUGUAAAUCGUUUGUGUGGAGCACCUUUAAAAAUCUGCACCAAAUUCCUGAGUUCUUUCCAGGACACACCAGAGGAAAUUACUGGGAAAAUUGAAAAACAAACACAGAGCUGUAAAUUUAAGCAUUACCAUAUUUUCUUCAUCAACAGCCUGUGAGGAAAAAAUGUGACGAUAAUAAGGAAAGAUUUGUGAACCCACUUUUUCCCCAGAGAGACAGAGGAGCUACGAGUUUGACCUGGAAAUACCCACAAUACCCUCACACUGGGUUCAUUAAUUAGCGGCAGUUGCUGGUAAACAUAUUUUUCAAGUUUGCAGAGAGCCAAGCUAACCGUUUCCCCCUGCUUCCAGUGUUUAUGCUAAGCUAAUCACCAUCUGGCUCUGCUUCCUUCCAAUAAUGUGUUUGUAAAGCAGAUAAUCCCACAUAACGUCAGAUUACAAUGUGGCCACAGUCAAAUUCAUUUUAAAAACCCCUCAAAGUUCUCACUAAUGUGAUAAUGUGAUGUUGUCAUAUCACGCAGCAGUUGGUGGAAUAACAAUUUUGGAGGAAUAGAUUUAUUUGUGUUGCUUAAACUAAAAUUAAGAUUAGCUCAGAGUAAAUGUUGAGAUUAGGCCUUAAUCUGCAGUGUUGUGUAAGAAUGUGUGUUUUUUUUUUACCAGUAAACAGGAAAAACCUCAA